UGCAUUACUAAUCCUAAGAUAGAGCCGACCCAUAAUCCAAAUCCAAGCGCUUAUGUAUUCUCACAUGUGUUGUUGACAUGCCCAUGUCGUAUUACUUAUCUAUUUAGACUCCAGCCUGCUGAAUUCAUUUAACACCCAAUUGGCCUGAGAGUCAAUACUGAGAGGAAUUCUUUUUAUCACUUUAUCUCCGAUCCCUUUAAAGAAAAGAAGAAGAAGAAGCAGCAGCUAACAUGCUGAAGAGGAUAGCUUCAAGGAGCAUGAUCACGUCCACAUCCUUGCUACUCCAAACCUUCAAUAAGGAGUUUUCUACUCACACACCAAGGAAACUAGAAGGCAAAGUGGCGCUGAUAACAGGGGCGGCAAGUGGCAUCGGCAAAGAAACCGCAGUGAAAUUCAUCAGCAACGGUGCCAAGGUCAUAAUCACAGAUAUACAAAGGCAGCUCGGCAAAGAAACAGCCUCCGAGCUUGGACCAAACGCCACCUUUGUGGUCUGCGAUGUAUCCAAAGAAUCCGACAUCUCCAACGCCGUGGAUUUCGCCGUCUCUAGCCACGGACAGCUCGACAUAAUGUACAACAAUGCAGGAAUCAAGCAUGCCGCUCGGGUGAUGAUUCCGCGGCAAACCGGUUCCAUUUUGUGCACAGCUAGAGUUACUGGUGUAAUGGGAGGUCUAGCGCCAUUCACAUAUUCGACAUCCAAAUCCUGCAUAAUCGGAAUUAUGAGAUCCGUAACACCGGAGCUAUGCAAGAACGGAAUCAGAAUCAAUUGCAUAUCGCCCUUUGCAAUUCCGACACCAUUAACAGUUGACGAAAUGAAACUGUUUUUCCCGGGAGUGGAGGCUCAGCAACUUGCUAAAAUGGUAAAUAAUGCAAGCGAGUUGAAAGGAGCCUACUGUGAGCCCAUUGAUGUGGCCAAUGCUGCUCUAUAUUUGGCCAGUGAUGAUGCCAAGUAUAUUAGUGGCCAAAACCUGGUGGUAGAUGGAGGUUUCACUACGUUUAAAAAUUUAAAUUUUCCCUUGCCUGAUCAACAGUCGAGUAACGCUACAUAAAGUUACUACAGGAAUGUGUUUCUUGAUUAUAUUUAUUUUGUUAUUGUCAAAUGAACAAUGCAACUCUUCUUCAUCAAGAAUGUUUUAAUUGGCA